UAGGGCAUAACGCCCUCUCUGUUUCUCUCUGACAGAAGCAAUCAAACAAACCAAUUAGAGGUCAAAAAGAAACAAAAAAAAAAAAAAGUUUCUUUAUUGAUUUAAUUUAAUUUUUAUAUCUUUUAUAAUUUAAUUCCCAUUUCUUCACUAUCACCGUCUUAUUCAUCGUGGGUUUCGUGUGUAGUGAAAAAGUCACUAAAUUUCCGCUUAAUCUCCAAAACCCACUUUCCAAAACCGUUCCUUUUUCUCUCUAACUUCACAAAACAAGAAAAAGUUUCAAUUUUUUUUAUCAUUUGUCCCAACAAAAACUUCUUCAUUUUCAUCUCACAAUGGAAAAAAAUUGGAUUUUUGCAAUGUUGUUGAUGUUAGGAUUAAUGGGUUGUUUUUGUUGUUAUGUGGAAGGGCUUGGUGUGAACUGGGGUACACAAGCAACACACAAGUUACCACCAGAAACUGUUGUGAAGAUGUUGAAGGAUAAUGGGAUUCAAAAAGUUAAGCUUUUUGAUGCAGAUGAUACUACAAUGACUGCUUUGGCUGGUAGUGGAAUUGAAGUUAUGGUUGCUAUUCCUAAUAAUCAACUUGCUGAAAUGAAUGAUUUUAAACGUGCUCAAUAUUGGGUUAGGAAGAAUGUUACUCGUUAUAACUUUGAUGGCGGUGUUAAAAUCAAAUAUGUAGCAGUUGGGAAUGAGCCAUUUUUGAAAGCUUACAAUAAUUCAUUCUUGAACAUCACCUUUCCUGCACUGCAGAACAUUCAAAAUGCCAUCAAUGAAGCUGGUCUUGGUGACACCGUAAAGGCAACAGUACCCUUAAACGCAGAUGUCUAUAUGUCUCCGCCGGACAAUCAAGUUCCAUCUGCGGGAAUAUUUCGGCCCGAUAUCAAUGGUCUCAUGACUCAGAUGGUACAAUUUCUCAACAAGAAUGGAGCACCAUUUACUGUCAACAUUUACCCCUUCUUAAGUCUCUACGGGAACGACGAUUUCCCAUUCAACUUCGCCUUCUUCGACGGGGUAGACAAACCAAUAACUGACAAUGGAAUCCAAUAUACCAACGUCUUUGACGCAAAUUUCGAUACAUUGGUUUCUGCUCUCAAAUCGAUCGGUUUCGGCGACACGCCAAUUUUGGUAGGAGAAGUAGGAUGGCCAACAGAAGGUGACAAGAAUGCCAAUUCCGGCAAUGCAAUUAGAUUCUACAACGGCCUCCUUUCUAGACUCGCUGCGAACAGAGGAACUCCUCUCCGCCCCGGAUUCAUCGAAGUUUAUCUGUUUGGACUCAUCGAUGAGGACGCGAAGAGCAUCGCCCCAGGUAACUUUGAGAGACACUGGGGAAUAUUUCGAUAUGAUGGACAACCAAAGUUUCCGAUGGAUCUUUCGGGUCAACUUCAAAACAAACUUCUAGUAGGUGCACAGGGUGUGAAAUAUCUUGAUCCAAUGUGGUGCAUGUUUAACCCUGAUGCUAAAGAUCUCAGCAAACUUGCUGAUAACAUUAACUUUGCUUGCACCUUUGGAGAUUGUACCGCACUUGGGUAUGGAUCUUCUUGCAACAACCUUGAUGCUAAUGGAAAUGCUUCUUAUGCAUUCAACAUGUACUACCAGACGCAGAAUCAGGAUCGUCAAGCGUGCAAUUUUGAAGGUUUAGCUAAGCCUACUACAGACAACAUUUCAACACCUACUUGCAAUUUUAUCAUCCAAAUAGUCCCUUCUUCAGCAUCUUCUUUGAUGCCCUCAUUUGCUGCUUUGUUGUUUAUUGCUUUUUCUGUGAUUCUAUUGGCUUAGUGUGUACAUCAUUAGAGAGAUGAUAUAAUUUUUUAUUUAAGAUUUCAACAUUUAUUUGACCGGAUAAUAUCUAGUUUAUUGGCUUAUUUAGGAAACAGAUUUUUGCA